AUGGGGUGGCCUCAGGUCGAGCCCACCACAUCUCAUUUGACCUACCUCAUCGUCUCCGUCUUCCUCAUAGCGUAUGCGCUCUACUCUGAACUGAUCCGUAACCGACUUCAUCUCUCUGAACCUCCUCUCGCAACCCUCGUUGGCAUCAUCUUCGGACCACGAGGUAUCGGUAUUCUGAAUCCGGAGAGCUGGGGCUGGCAGGACGACAUAAGCCAGGAGUUCACGCGCAUCAUCGUGGGAGUCCAAGUUUUCGCGACAGCCAUUGAGCUACCUAAAAGAUGGCUAUCACGUCAUUGGCGAAGUGUGGCGAUGAUGCUUGGUCCGGUCAUGAUAUUUGGCUGGCUGGCCUCGGCUUUGAUUGUCUACCUCAUCCUGAAGACGAAGUUCACCACUGCAUUAAUCAUUGGAGCAUGCCUUACACCAACUGACCCCGUACUGUCCGCCAGUGUUUUGGGCGAAGCCAAGUUCUCGCAGAGGAUCCCCAAACGUCUACGCCAUCUUCUUUCAGCCGAGUCUGGCUGCAAUGAUGGAAUUUCCUUUCCCCUUCUCUAUGCUGGACUACUUGCCGUCACUAAACCCACGGCCGGUGAUGCUGUCAAGGACUGGUUUCUAGACGUGAUUAUCUGGCAAUGCCUGAUUGGCACUGGCAUCGGCGUGCUUAUCGGUAUAGCUGCCAACAAGCUUCUCAAGCUAUGCGAGAAGAAUGGUUACAUCCAGGAUUUCACUCUUUUUGUGUUUUACUUCCUGUUAGCCAUAUUCUGCAUCGGUGUGGGCAGCACCCUAGGUUCGGACGAUUUCCUGGUUGCUUUUGGAGCAGGCACCGCCUUUGCAUGGGAUGGCUGGUUCACCGAAAAGACUGAAAAGGUCAAGCUGCCCAACGUCAUUGAUUUACUGCUUAAUUCUACUUUCUUUGUCUAUUUCGGUGCCAUUGUACCUUGGGAACAAUUCACAGGGCAAAUGAAUGCGUGGAAACUGCUGGCUUGUCUGGUGCUGAUCUUACUGCUGCGUCGCAUACCCAUCGUCCUUGUGACGCACCGCUGGAUUCCUGAUGUUGGGAAUUACCGAGAAGCCCUCUUCUCUGGUCACUUUGGCCCGAUAGGCGUCGGUGCGCUGUUCCUAGCCAUUGAGGCACGAGCGAGACUCGAGACAGGAACCUCCGAUCCUCUUCCACAUCCUCCCGAACACUCACCAUACAAGGCUGCUAUAGAUACGGUUUGGCCAGUCAUCUGCUUUGUUGUAAUUGGAUCCAUCAUGGUUCAUGGAUCUUCCGCAAUGGUCAUGAGUGUGGUGGGCCAUUUUACCCGGCCGAAGAAGGAGCGAGCUCCGCUGAUUGGAGGGGAAACAGAGAGAUUGUACGGCAUGGUCAACGGUAAUGACGUGGCCAGUCUGGCAAGUGAAGAUUCGGAGUCAUAG